UCGCUUCCUGUUUCUGUCAGAUAGAACACGUCUUCGUUGUGGCUGUCUGACGCUGUUCAGCCAUUUUGGGUAGGUUGUUCGACGACGAGCUGCUAGCUACCACACGACAACACCAGGCCGAAUACUUCAACCGAACUGAACAAAAGCCGUUUUACAAAAAACAUCGUUAAAUAUGGGUCCACCAGGAGACAACCCACGUCAUGUGUCCUCUGAAAGAACGGAGGAUUUCAGUUGGUUUGUCAAUUUAUCUUGACAUGGCAUGCAGGUUAGUUGGUGGUUGUGACGACUGAAGAAAACCACGAAAAACAAGCGCAGAUAGCUAGUUAAUACCUCAACUUCAGUGCGUGAAAUAGAUUUUGAACACGUUUGUUGUUGGCUGUAAAAAAUCUAGUUGGUUCUCUCGACGGGAAUCCUAAACAUCAUGAUGAUAUUAAGCAAAAUGUCAUUUAAAAUGCAGAGAGACAACAGUUAAGAUAGCCAGUCAACCGGACAAGUCAUUCGACAUUAAAUACCAAGCAAGCCAGACAGAACUCGGCUUAAAUGUAAAACGAAAGAUGACUGUCAGCUAGUUAGUUAACUAACCGCACGACAUAGGCCUCAAUUACGUCAAGUAGUAAAAAGAUGUAGCUAGCUAGUUGGCCCACUAACUAGUUAGUGUUGAAGUGUAUGCUGCUUAGCCUAGCUAGUCAGCUAAAAUACUCCGUCACUAUGAGUAUCGACAAUGGAAGUAAACAAGGCCGCGGGCCAGUUCAAUGGCAGUAAGCCCCGAGAUGUCAAGCGACGCUGGAAACUUUAACGUUGUAACUUGGUGCCAACAUCUUCUGGCAUCCACAUGUACUUGCCAUGAUGGUUUUCUAUACCCCCAGUCAUUCAGCAGCACGUUCAUAACGCGGUCUCUGCAGAGAAAUACACAAACGGCGUCAGUCAUGGACGAAGCUUUGAGUUUGAGAAGACACGAAUAGAAUUGUCUGCUUUUUAGUUUGUGUAAUAAUCUUCUAUUUCACUAGCGAGAAUUAGUGUCGGUAUGGGUUUUGGAAAUGGCUAUCCUUUCUGUUAGCAGUUGUCAGUAACAUAAAGAAAAAGUGCACCUAAAUGCGAUUUGCUCAUUUGUUUUCACUAGGCCAAUGAUGUGUUGAAUUAAAGUUCCUUUGGCCUGUAUUCGAAUGUCAUACUUUUAAUCACAUGGCUUCUUGAGUAAUGAAUAAAACAAAUGUAGCCAAAUAUUAAGAACCCCCCUCCUGAGCAUAUCCAUUUAAAUACAUUUAAAAUGACAUAGCUUGAUAUUUAAUUUGUUUCCUCCUUCAGUUAGUUAUUUCGAAAGAGCUAGUGUAGAAUAAUUAGAUUUCUCGUUUCUGUAAAGGGUAGCUAACUAGCUACAUUUCUCUCAAGUAAAUAGACAACUCGAAAGUAUAGUCAAAAUAUUCUGUAAAAGAGAAGACACUAGCACCAAAAUCUAAUAAUGGGGGACCCAACCUGGAGAAGAAACCAAACUAGAGAUAGACUCCGUGCUCAGAUUCGAAAGAAAAGGGAAUCUUUGGCUGACCAGUUUGACUUCAAGAUCUACGUAGCCUUUGUGUUCAAAGACAAGGUGAGUAUUAUGGAGGACGCAAUUAAAGAUUUUGGCAGUGAGGCCCUUUAUCUGCUUCGCCAGAGUCUGAUUAACUCGUGGAUACCAUUUGUCUCUGCCUGCAGUUUGAAGGAAGCUGCUAACUAGCGUUAGUGCAAUGACUUAAGUCAAUGCUAGUUAGCAUUGGCUCGCAAAACUACCUCUUAACUAACUUCAUACUGGACAUUAAAAUCGGAUCCACGAGUUCAUCUGACUCUGGGGAAGUUGAUAAAGGGCCUCAUUGUCAACAUCCCCAAGUAUCCCUUUAAUGUCUCUUCCCUUUCCUCUGUGCUCCUUCCUAUGGCAGAAGAAGAAGUCUGCACUGUUUGAGGUAGCUGAAGUGGUACCAGUGAUGACCAACAACUAUGAAGAGACUAUCCUGAAAGGUGUGCAGGAUUCCAGCUACUCCCUCCAGAGUUCCAUAGAACUAAUGCAAAAAGAUGUUGUGCAGUUACAUGCCCCACGCUACCAGUCAAUGCGCAGGGUAAGUCAAGAACCGGAUUCCUUCCAUUGGGCAAACCUACCAAACCAUGUGCUUACAAACACUGCGAUGGACACAGACAGUUGGCCAUUCCUAGUUGUUGUUGAGGAAAUGUGUCAACAAUGAAUGUUCCUCAUUUCUACUAGCAUGACUCACAUUGUAGUGUUUCAGCCAGCAUACCACAUUGUAGUGCUCGGGAAACAAUGCCGUUUAUUAGCUGAAACCAUGCCGUUUAUCAGCUGAAAUAUGUUAUGAUGAACUUCAAAGGGUGGUGCACGUUGAUGUGCUCGUUGCACCUUUCGGCAUCGAUGCUUGACUGCCGUUUGACAAUUAAAAAUAUCCAGAAUAAUCUCAUAAUGUAGACUAACCUACUGAAUCUGCCAGCUGUUGACUAAGACCAGAAUAGGCACAUUUGCUAUUUAAAGCAACACUUUAGAGUUUUAUUCGGUACAUGAAAAUUUAAGCGAAAAAGUACAUUUUGUGUGCUACGUCAUCACGCAUUGAUUUUUAUCCACAACAAGUCCGUUUGGUGGAAACACACCACUGGUGGGAAAAGGGUACAUUUUCUUUAUGCAAAUCUUUGAAUAUUCACAUGGAAAUCUGUCGCCAAUUGGAUGGAAACCUAGCUAGUGACAUAGGGUUCUGGUCCAAAGUAGUGCACUAUAUAGGGAAUAGGGUGCCAUUCUCUGGUCUAAAGUAGUGCACUAUGUAGGGAAUAGGGUUGCCAUUCUCUGGUCUAAAGUGCAUAAGGAUAGGUGCCACUAUAAAGUGCUAUAUAGGGAAUAGGGGUGCCAUUCUCUGGUCUAAAGUAGUGCACUAUAUAGGGAAUAGGGUGCCAUUCUCUGGUCUAAAGUAGUGCACUAUGUAGGGAAUAGGGUGCUGUUUGGAAAGCGAACAGACAUUAUGCUGUUUAUUGACUGUAGCUUUCCUCUCUGUUGUUGUUGCAGGAUGUCAUAGGGUGCACCCAGGAGAUGGACUUCAUCCUGUGGCCGCGCAACGACAUAGAGAAGAUAGUCUGUCUCCUGUUCUCCAGAUGGAAGGGGGCCGAGGACGAACCCUUCAGGCCUGUUCAGGUAAAACAUUUAGCUUCCUUCAUCAAAUAGCUGGGUGGUAUUCACUAGCGCACACCGUAGGAAAAAGGUUUGCAAUGAAAACAAGUUUCUUAUUGGACAUUCAGGUAGUCCCUCUCUGUUUGGUUCCGAGUUAAUAUGCCCCUGAAUUCAAUUGUCAUAAUUCAAAGAGUAUUUUAUACUGUUAUGUUGAGGGCCAGUCAUGGUGGACGGAGUAGGGCUUAUUGCACUUGUAAUCCAAUGUUUAUCCACAGGCCAAGUUUGAGUUUCAUCAUGGAGACUACGAGAAGCAGUUGUUGCAUGCUGUCGGCCGGAGAGGACAAGGCUGGAAUGGUUCUGAACAACCCCACUCAGUCCGUUUUCCUCUUUAUGGACCGACAGCACUUACAGGUCAGUCCAUACACGGCACAGCUGAGCUUACCGCCCGUAGAGCUCUGGUCAAAGGUAGCGCACCAUGUUGGAAAUGGAUCACCAUUUGGGCAUGUAGCUUGUCUGACAGUCCUUCUCUUUGUGGCAGACUCCCCUCAAUGCUACCCUGUCACCACUGCACUAGUCACAAUGGCUUUGGGAAAGCUAAGAGCUCUAAUUGGAGCACUAACGUAGCUGGUAGAGGAUCAUUCAGACAAAACAGUCCUCUUUCUGCCAUGGGACAAUGAUGUCUUACCCAUAUAAAUAGAAUAUAUUAGUGAAAUGACUUAUUAUUAAUAGAUUCUAUGGUUUUACCCUUCUCUCUGUCAACCAUGUUCUCUCUCGUCAUCUCUUCUGUCCCUGUCAGACUCCUAAAACCAAGGCCACCGUUGUCAAGUUGUGCAGCCUUUGCCUCUACCUGCCCCAGGACCAGCUAACGUGCUGGGGCGUUGGCGACAUCGAGGACCAUCUCCGCCCGUACAUGCCUGACUAGGGCCAGCCUGCCUCCAUGGCUUCCACCCACAACACAGACGACUAACCCCCCCCCCCCCCCAAGCCGCUGAAGCAAGUUGACCUCUCUCAUCCACCACACAUUCUUCCUUCCAUUGAAUAGAAUUGAACUGAUGCUUGGAUCUCCUAAAAGUUGUUAACCACGUGUUUGUUAGUUUCCAUCCUCCUGAAUCCACAUGUUUUUCCCUACCAAGCUUCUUCCUCCUAGCUCUGCUCCACCCGUUUGGGAUUGGUUGUCCCUUUUAUCCUCACCCAUUUCUCCAUCCAUCUUUUGGUUUAUUUUGAACCUGCACGAACAUUGAUUUGAGUGGUUGGUUAUUCAACCUGGAGCUGCACUGUCAACGACACAGACGAAUCCAGUCCACUGAAGGAACUCUUUAUGUUGCUACCAAGCAGGAACGAAGCCACACCAGGUUUUCAUGAUGUUCACGGGGGGUCCUCAGUCUCUGCUGGACGCAUCGUAACCCAUCUCAUAACAGAUUGGAAAAGCUUCUGUCAUUUCAAAGAUAGGUGAAAGAGGAAAAUAUACUGGGGGGGGGGUUCUAGAACAACUAGGUUCAAUCUAUGAUGACAGGUCAGCCUAGGUGGUGUUAAAACGUUUCCUGUAAAGCAAAGAUAAAAGGUGAACAGUAUUUGUCAAAUCAUUUGGUGUAGGUAGUUACAGCUUUAUUUUUCCUUUUAAGCCACCGUUGUUUAAUGUUUGGCUCUUUUUAUUUUGGGGUUAAUUUGCUUUUCCUGUGAAAUAUUCCAGGAACACCAUUUGUAAGAUCUGGAGUAUAGAUGGGAACUGAUGGGAGAUCUGGAGUAUACAGGGUUGAAUAUGUUUGUUAUAUGCUGAAGGUUGUAACCACGCAAGCCAUUCAAGCUACUGAAAUAGGAUGGGUUUGUUUUUUUCCCGGGUGUGGGUUGGCAUGGGUGUUGAAUAUGGAAGAACUAAUGUUAAAGCUAAUGUACCUAACAAUGGAACAGGUUGUUGAGUUAAAAUUAAUGGGAUCGUUACAUUUUUAUGUUCUUUAAUUUGACAGACAAGUAUCCUAAAGAGUACUAAUUGUUGCAGUGCUUAUAAAAUGUAAAAUGGGGUGUUUUUUUGCAAGCUUGCUUUGCUGGGAGAAAUAAGGCACAAAUCAGUCAGUACAUUUAAUUUAGGGUUUUCUUUGUUGAUUCAAUAUGUUCGAUUAAAGGCGGGUCAUUUUUCUGAGUUUAUUCUUCAUUUUGAAAUGAAUCUAAAAAAAAUCAACACGGCUGAACAAUAUCCCAAUACAGUGCAAACUUUGAAAAGUAUUUCCUGGUGUGUUUUAUUGUGUGUACACAAAGUAUAUAUUUACAGCAGAAUGACAUGCAGAAAAAUAUUUAGCAAGUCUGUGGGGGUGAAGAACAAUUACUGCCACAGUACCACAACAGUCAUCUUCACCCCGAGACUUCCUGCCUGACAGUACUACACAGCAGCUGUAUGAUGAUUCCCAAUUUGCUGACAGUGUCUCUGGGGUGGGGGAAGUUUCCCCGAGGUACAGAUCUAGGAUCAGCUUUCCCUCCCCCCCCCCCAAUCCUAACCAUUAGUGGGGGGGGGAAUGCAAAACCGCCCCUAGCUCAGCGUCUAGGGGCAACGUCACC